AUGGAGUCAACUCGAACUUUUCAGUUGGGUUCAGCUAAACUUGCUCCACAAAAAGUUACUGACACUCAGGGCGGUCGGGUCCCGAAGGGUUGGCGGUCAGCAACUUUACUUGCAAUUUCUUUUGGUCUUAUUGAUGUUCCGCACAAGAUGGGUGAAGGAGGUGCGAAAGGGAUGGAGGACCAGGAUGUCCCGUUCGCAAAAUGCCAAGGCUUGCAAGUCUAUUUGCGCCUAUUUGCACAUAGGCUCGACUUUUCCAUUCGCUUAAGCAAAGACGACAAGGAUUAA